AUGAAGGCAAGAGCAACCAUCACAGUUGGAGUUAGCUAUCAAAGCCGGAAAUGCCUCAAGCAUAAUCUGUAAUACGUCCACGUUUUGCGAAGAAACUGCGGCAUGAAGUACAGUGUCUUUUGUAUUCUGAUUUACUAAAACAUGGUCGUAAUUGGAUUCCAGCAGUCGUUUCACGAUAUCCAGCUGACCAUUCGUGCAAGCAAUGAACAACGCUGUAUCACUCUCUGGGGUACGACCAUUGAGUAUCGCAUAGUGAUCCUUCACGGGAAUGUUAGCAAGGAUCCGAUCAGCUGCUUCAACAUCUCCCUCAGCGCAAGCAACCAUCAACUGAGCAUGUGCCUCAUUCAACUUGUCAUUUUCGAGCUCUGUAAGUUCUGUUAA